CAUCACCAGACAGUCCGACCGACACAUCGAAUCCGACUUUACGCACUGGGGAGGGCGGCCCCGGCGGCGCGCGCUUGUCUGCUGAAGGCUGAAACCCCUCUCUGACAGYCUCCUGUUAAUUGGUGACGCGCUGUAAAGACUUUUGGAAACGAUAAAGUGAAACUUAGCGUCGUGUUUGCAGCCGGACUUUGCGCAGUUUUCUUAUUCACUAAAUCUCCAAGUCACAGCGCAACUCUUCCUUAUUAGAUAUUACAGCGAUCCUUCAUCUCUUGUCAGUUUAUUUUAUUUUAUUUUAUUUUUAUGCGCAAAAUUAAACGCCAAUAGAAAAAAAUGAUAGUGAAGUUUAUUCAGUAAAGAAAUCCGCUUCGUGCGUCCUGGUCGCGUUUAGAGAAAGUCUAGAUUUGACCAUGGUCCAGUAACUGGAAGAAGGAGAGACAGAAAGUGAGACAGAGACAGAGCGCGAGAAGAAAAAAAAAAAGGACCUUCCGGGACACUUCGAGGUGUGUUUGAGCGAACCUCUCACCUCCAGGUGUCCCGCCGAGCGGCGCGCAGCCUCCAGCUCAGGCCGGCUGCGCUGACAUGCUGCCCAAAGCCGAGUCUGAAUCUUUGGGACUCAUUCGAUCUUAUGGAGACCAGAGGCGCAUGCCAAGGAACAUGCAAGCCCCCCAGUUAAAAAUGAUGGACUACUCCUAUGACGAAGACCUGGACGAGAUGUGUCCCGUGUGCGGAGACAAGGUUUCAGGGUAUCACUACGGGCUGCUGACCUGUGAGAGCUGCAAGGGCUUCUUCAAGCGCACCGUCCAGAACAACAAGCGUUACACAUGUAUAGAGAACCAGAGCUGCCAGAUUGACAAGACCCAGAGAAAGCGCUGCCCGUACUGCCGCUUCCAAAAGUGCCUCACUGUCGGCAUGAAGCUAGAAGCUGUACGAGCGGAUCGAAUGCGUGGUGGUCGCAACAAGUUCGGCCCAAUGUACAAACGUGACCGGGCCCUCAAGCAGCAGAAGAAAGCACUGAUCCGAGCAAACGGCCUAAAAAUCGAGGCCAUGAGCCAGGUGAUGCAGGCCGUACCCACUGACCUCACUAUCUCCUCAGCCAUCCAGAACAUCCACUCAGCAGCCUCCAAGGGCCUUCCAUUAAGCCACCACGGUGGCCACCACACCAGUCACCAUCACCACCACCAUCACCACCACCAUCACGCCACUGCCUUGCCCCCUACAGACUACGACCGCAGCCCGUUUGUUACCUCUCCGGUCAGUAUGGCGAUGCCGCCACACGCAGGCAGUCUCCAGGGCUACCAAGCGGCCUAUGGACACUUCCAGAGCACACGYACCAUCAAGUCUGAGUACCCAGAUCCAUACACCAGCUCGCCAGAGUCCAUCAUGGGCUACGCAUACGUUGAUGCCUACCAGACAGGCUCUCCGCCCAGCUUCCCCCACCUGAUCGUUGAGCUGCUAAAGUGCGAACCCGAUGAGCCACAGGUUCAGGCAAAGAUACUGGCUUAUCUACAGCAGGAGCAGGCCAGCCGGGGGAAGCACGAGAAGCUCAACACCUUUGGGUUGAUGUGCAAGAUGGCYGACCAGACACUCUUCUCCAUUGUAGAGUGGGCACGCAGCAGCAUUUUCUUCCGUGAACUUAAGGUGGAUGACCAGAUGAAGCUACUGCAGAACUGCUGGAGUGAACUCCUCAUCCUCGACCAUGUUUUCCGGCAGGUGGUCCAUGCUAAGGAGGGAUCCAUCCUGUUGGUCACAGGCCAGCAGGUUGACUAUGCAGUGAUUGCCUCACAGGCGGGGGCCACCCUCAACAAUCUGCUGAGCCACGCCCAAGAGCUGGUAGCCAAACUACGCUCCCUGCAGCUGGACCAACGGGAGUUUGUCUGCCUCAAGUUCUUGGUUCUGUUCAGCCUGGACGUGAAGAACCUGGAGAACUUCCACCUGGUGGAGAGCGUUCAGGAGCAGGUCAACGCGGCGCUGYUGGACUACGUCAUGUGCAACUACCCUCAGCAAACGGACAAGUUCGGCCAGCUGCUCCUUCGGCUGCCCGAGAUCCGAGCCAUCAGCCUGCAGGCCGAGGAGUACCUUUACUACAAACACCUGAACGGCGACGUGCCCUGCAACAACCUGCUCAUCGAAAUGCUGCACGCAAAACGAGCUUAACGAGGGUGGGGUGGACUGUCCCAACCCUCCCCAAAAUGCAGCUGCAAGAACAUUUUCCAUGUGGCCAAAACAACACGUUUAAACCAAACCAAACCUCCAGCUCAAACUUGACUGUAMGGCGAUGAGGGUGGGUGGAGAUCCGAGACUCUUAUUUAUCCUGAGCUCAUUUCAAGACUCACAGUGUGCGUAGACAUCAUAUAGAUCCCUUUAUUGUAUUUUUUAAAAGACAACAACAGAAAAGGCAGUACURAGGGGAUAAAAAGACACUUGAAACAAACUCCACGUUUUCAUGGCAAUAUCUGCUUCACCGGGACUAUCAGGCUGCCGGGUUGAACCGGAAAAAAUUAACAGCCCAUCUAAGUGUUUUAGCACUGAUGUGUUGGUAACUGCGGCUCCGUACCACUGCCCACCUUUCAAACAGCUUUAUAACUACAAGUCAACGACCCUCUCGUGUGUUCUCUCAGUGAAACUGUGUUCCAGUCGUUGUCGGUACUGUAAAGUCAAACGGACAUGCAGCCAACCAGGCAAGAGACUCUUACCUACCGCAAGAUCUGUUUUCUGAACUCCCACGUGUCGUCUACAUCAGUAGCUUUGUCUGGAUGAGAAGGGAGGAUUGGUGAUUUUUUAAAAAAAGGUCUACAAUAGGAACAGUCAUUACUGAACAAAAUGCUAUAGGCUUAAAGAAAACAAUGUGUUUUUCUUUCGCUUGUCAUGGUUACCUUGUUGCCCCCCAUAUCUCACUCCACAUCCCCAGAAUCCUCUUUACCUAUGUACCUCAGACAGAGCAGUGUUAAAUAAAAUCAUCUAAUAAAGUCUGCAAGAUAACUGUAAUCCUAGCCCUUUUUCUUGGAGGACAAAACACCCAUCAUUUAUAUUUUAGAGUGAUUCUGGAGAGGGAGAAGGAUCGGCCCAAUCCUUCUUCCAUAGAGAGGAAAGGGAACAACUAAUAACUUCAUAAUCAGUGUUAUAAACAUGGGGGGAAUUGUGAUGUCAAGGUUACGUGAGUCUUGCCUUAUUUCAUCACCGUGCUAGCUAACAUGCAGAUGUGAAUAAGACUAUGUAAAAAUAUAUAAAUAUAUAUGAAGUAUUAAUGUUGUAAAAAAAUAAAAGAAUGAGUAAUUCAACAGGUGUUUACAUUCAUGUGGUCAUAUGGGAGAGAACUGUGACGAAGCGUAAUUUGCAAUGAUUUCCAAAAAAAAAAAAAAAAAAUGAAAUCAGCUAAAUGAGAAAAGGAUUCCUCUUAUUUGUUUUGUUUGGUGUGUGUACAGUGUUCAAGUUUCUUUUAUAAUAUGUUUUUGAACAGUACUUAAAUUAUGUCGUGAGACUCUAAAAUCAAAGGGAAAUGAGACAAUUUUAAUUUCUGUGUCUGCUGGCAUUCAAACCUUUUUUUAGCAUUGCUGUCAAAAGAAUAUUGUUUCACUUCGCUUUUUUUGUAAAUCUAUUUCGCUUUUUCUUAUUUACAGUUCUUUAACUUUUAUCGAUGUACAGUAUGUCACUGGUUACGCCUAAUAAUAAUGAAGAUAAUUUAUUGCGUCACUGGGUCACCAUAUUUGUGUUACAUGGCGUGAGGUUUCAACGCCAGAAUAAAUUUGUUUACUGUAGCAUGCUCUCUGUUUUGUUUCCAUGAGUGGUUUUGAGAUGCAGGUCUGGAGCAAAAAUACAAUUUUUUUAUUUUUAUUUUUUCCAGUUCUUUAAAUGUUCAUGCAGAUCUGUAAGCAUUGUAUGUAAGGCGUUGAAAAAAUAUAUAUAUAUUUGUGUUA